GCAGAAAUUUUGUUUCCUGUUACGUAGACCGGGUCAUAAAAAGUUUACGGUUUUGUUAGUGAAAGGAAAGUCCGAUUAUGCAGUUUGACGUAAGAAGAUUUGAUGUAUAUAGGAAAAUCCCUAAAGAUCUCACCCAGCCAACAACAACAGGAGCAUAUAUAUCUGUUGCUAGCAUACUCUUUAUAAUAUGUCUUCUCUUGUCUGAACUUACUUCAUUCCUUUACCCAGAAACAGUUAGCGAGCUGUUUGUUGACGAUCCUACAAAGUUGGUUGAAAGAAUUCCCAUCUCUAUUGAUGUCACUCUUCCGAAAAUGAAAUGCGAUUUUAUAGGAUUAGAUAUUCAAGAUGAUAUGGGAAGGCAUGAGGUUGGUUACGUGGAUUCUGUCAUUAAGGAUCCUCUUAACGAUGGGGAAGGGUGCAGAUUUAAGGCCAAGUUUCAAGUUAACAAGGUUCCGGGUAACUUCCAUUUAUCAACCCACGCAUCUUCUGAACAACCAGACAGCCCCGACAUGACACAUUUAAUACACCACGUCACACUUGGCGAUCAAGUUCCUGAGGCUGCUGAUUUACCUGGCUCCUUCAACCCUUUAAUAAAUAGAGAUAAACGAGAAGCGAAUCCUACGUCCUCACAUGAUUAUUUCAUGAAAGUUGUACCAACAAUUUUUGAGAAUUUCCAUGGUUACACAAUAUAUCCCUAUCAAUAUACAUUUGCUUACAGGGAUUACAUUCAAUAUGGCCACGGUCAUCGCUUCAUUCCAGCAAUUUGGUUUCGAUAUGAUCUGAGUCCAAUUACUGUCAAAUAUCAUGAGAGAAGAAAGCCAAUAUAUUCGUUCUUAACAACAUUAUGCGCAAUUGUGGGCGGAACUUUCACCGUUGCUGGAAUCAUCGAUAGCCUUAUAUUUUCUGCUUCCGAAAUAUUCAAGAAAUUUGAAAUAGGAAAGCUGAAUUGA